CCUUUUUCAUGUAUCAAAGAGAGGGAAAGGUGUAAACCAUCUCAGAGAGGGAAAGAAAUGGGCAAUUACAGGUUUAGAUUGUCAGAUAUGAUACCAAAUGCCUGGUUUUACAAGCUCAAGGACAUGAGCAAAGGCAGAAAGCAAUACACCUCUCAAGCUUUCAAGAAAAAACCACCCCCAGGAAAUGUAACAUCACAAAAACCCAAUAGUUCUCAUCAAAGAUACUCUUAUUGCUUCACCACAGAACCUGGAAGAGCUGAGAAAUUCCAUUACAAUUCACCUGUAAAUCCAAAAGCCUCAGAUACUCACUUUCCUGAUCUACCAAGAAAAUCAUCCAAUAAAAGAAACAAAAGAAAAACCAUUUACAAGCCUUCUCCAAAACUGGUCUCCACAUUCUCUGCUGAUUGUAGCUGUCGCGUAACGGUUAACUCAAACCUGACCAAGUCAAUUCCAGGUGAUUCACCUGACUACUCUAGCUCUCCUGCUGAAAGCUCCUAUGAUGAGCUUGACUUCUUAUCAGAAUCUGAUGAAGAUGACGGUUUUCUUGUUCCUGAUACAAUUGAUCAUCAAUUAUCAUCCUGGUCUAGCUCUUGUAACUGUAAUGUUAGCUCCUCAACCGCUGACAUUAUCAUUGACAUGAAUGAAGAAUCCUAUGAAAGGAAAAUCAAGGAGGUUGAAGGGUUUGGCAGUAUCCCCGAGCUAGAGCUUCCUCGAAUAUUGACCAAGCCAGCAAAAUUCAACGACAAGGCAACUGAAGUUACUCAGUUCAGAAGAAGUUCAUCUAAAUUGGAAGGGGUAAAAACACAUAGGUCUCUCUCUGUCAAGAUUGUCAAUGAGAAAAGCUCUAGGACUCUUAAAGAGCAAAAGAAGAAUCCUCCUACAAGAAAGUCCUCAGCGAAUUCGACAGGGAUAAAACUCCGAGCUAAUACUCCAAGAAUUGCAAGCAGGAAAAUCCAGGCUUGUGCUCGAAAAGGUGUGUCAUUUUCAAGAAACAAGACCCUUUCAGAGAGCUUCGCGGUGGUUAUGUCCUCAGUUGAUCCACAGAGAGACUUCAAGGAUUCAAUGGUGGAGAUGAUUGUGGAGAACAAUAUCCAGGAUUCAAAGGAUUUGGAAGACCUUCUUGCUUGUUACCUUUCACUCAAUUCAAGAAAAUAUCAUGAUUUCAUUGUCAAGGCAUUUGAGCAAAUCUGGUUUGACAUGACUGACCUUCACUUGUAAUUGUAAAAUCUUGUUAGAUUUUCAGAUGCAUGAAUACUAUGAUCUUGUAAAUGUUACAACUUGAAUGAAAAUUUCUACCUUUCUUACAA